AUGCGCACCAUCCAGCUGAUGAACUCCGAGGCCCAGGCAAACAAUAAGAAGGCAGGUCGUGUAGCCAUGAACUUUGCCGAAACGCACUCCUUGAUGCCCGACGGGCAAUGUGGCUCCCGCAAACGUCAUCAAGCAAUUGACCUGGCCUUGUCUAAACGAUUAGUGUGGGAUCUACUUAUCCUUCAACGCCGUGCAGCCGGGUGGAUCUCGAACGACGCGAAGUCCUGCUUUGACCGUGUUGUUCACUGGGUGGCCAUCAUCACAAUGUUGCGGUUUGGCUUGACAUGGCGUGUCCUAUCAUCUAUGUUCAACAUGCUCUCCUCCGCUACGCACCGUGUUCGCACAGGUUUUGGUGACUCCAAGAGAAGCUUCCGCCCUCCGUCAGUUGUGCCAUUUCAAGAUUGCGGGCAAGGCAAUGGUGCCGGACCUCCUAUUUGGAUCUCAGUGAGCUCGGUGUUAAUCACAAUGAUGGAAGCUAUGGGCUAUGGAUUUGAAUGUCUUUCGGUGUUAGAGUCACAACAAGUGACAGCCCAAUGUUUCUGUUUUGUUGUUGACGAUACGGACGUGAUUGAAGCAGGUGGCACAGUUCAUCACUCGGGGGGAGAUAUUUGCGCCUCAGUUCAGGCUGCCGCCACCUUAUGGUCGGGGGGAAUUCGGGCAACAGGUGGGGCAAUCAAUCCGGAGAAGUCCUUCUGGUGGCUUAUUGACUUUGAAUGGGAUGCUCGCACUGGGCAGUGGAGAUUCCGUAGGAAACGCUCCGCGGCACCGGAAUUCGAUCUUCAGAUACCGGGGUUAUCCGGGGACAUUGAAUCCCUUUGUCGCCUAGAACCAGAUGAUUCCGAACGUACUCUAGGGGUGAUGUUGUCGCCAUUGGAAAAUCACAAAGCACAGGAGGCACAGUUGGUCUCUAAAGCUAAAGAGUGGGCCGAACAGCUUUGGCCUCACCUGCUACACAAGUACGACGUGUUACCAUUGAUCCGGACCACGAUCACGAAGAAGCUUGAGUAUCCUAUGGCACUCACUACCCUCAACGCUCAACAAUGGCAGGACAUUAUGUCACCGGUUCUCCAGGUGUGCUUACCUAAGUCAGGUGUUUGCCGCAACUUUCCCCGUUUGGUGGUCUUUGCCCCGGUGAAUUAUCAAGGCCUUGGAGUUCCUCACCCCUUUGGCAAGCAAGUGUACAAACAUUUGGAGAUGAUUCUGCGCCAUAUGUCAGGGGGUACAAAGACUGGAGCCUACAUGGACGCCAAUCUCCAGGCCCACCAACUGGAGACUGGUACUUCCUUUGGUCUUCUACAGCAAGAUUACCAGAACACAUCCAUUCUUGCGUCUGAUACCUGGCUUAAACGGGUAUGGAAGGAACUUGAGUCACUGGAUAUGUAUGUGGCCUUUGACUCUCCGGCCUUGUCUUUAAGGAGUCAUCAUGACGCCCUCCUGAUUGACUUGUUCAUGGAUCUUGAGGUUGAUCAGGACGACCUUCUCUGGCUUAACUGGUGCCGGAUAUUCCUGCAAGUAACUACCGUGUCAGAUAUCACUACGGCCGAUGGCCGCUAUAUCCGGCAUUGCAUCUGGAACGGUGUCCGUGACGACACUUAUUGGACCCCAUAUAACUGGCCUUGA